UAGGAAACACUGAGUUGCUCCUGUUGAAAACGCUCAAAAUAAGUCCAAGAUAAAACACUCUCCUAAGAUCGGGGACCCCUGCCAGGACACUCCCCAGAACCGAGGAAUGGAAACUGAAAUACGGUCUUUCAGGAAAAAAAGGAGGGAGGCGACUUUUUGGUUUUUCCCACUAACGGUGAGGAUAGCCUCUAUAGCUGAUGUCACGUUGCAGCAAUCCGUGUUUUAACAGGGCUGAGGAACUGGACGGCAGGUCCCAUCACAGGAGCAGAGCCACUCCCCUUUCCUGAGCUGAGCUUAGAAACCCAGGCUUUAAAAGUUUCAUAUCACUUAGAAGACAGUCUCUCGCCAGACUUGCACACACCAGCUUGUUCUUCUCGGACACCUCCAGCCUGCGUGCCUCAAGAUGACCAGCUCCAAGUCUUCUCAGACUACACGAAACAUUGUGAUCGCCUGCCUGGCCCUGUGGUCCAUCAUCUCUCUUAUCAUUAUUGUGGUAUGGGCCACCUCGCCUGAGAUGAAAGGAGCCAGUCAGUGUCGGACGGAGAUGCAAGACCUCAGGGAGAGACAUGAAGGGGCAAAAAUCGUGUGGACCAAAGACCGAAAAGCUCUUGAGGAACUGGUGAGACAGGGAUGGAGGAACCAGACUACUUUGCAGAAGCAAAUCGACCAGUACAAGGAGCAAAUACAGUCUCUGACCAUCUCUUUGAAUGACAGCAUGCAAGAAAACGCUAUUCUGAAGGAAAACAUCACAGUUUUGGACAGCAAAAUUGAAAAAUACAAACUCAUCGAGGAGAACCUCACUGCUGAAAUCAGCCUGCAGAAAGACCAGAUUGAAGCCCUGGAGCACAAUUUAACUCUGAAGGCCCAGGAGUUGGAAUCGUGUGAGGCUUUACACCUCGCUUCUAAACAGCUCCAAACUGCUGCAGAGAAGCAGAAACAGGCCUGCGAGACCACCAAGCGUUAUUUACAGAAGCAGCUCACAAAGUGCAAAACCGUGGACCACAGUGAACAUGAACUUGAAUAUCAUCUUGAUCUCACAGACAGCGGAGGCCAAGGAAUCACCACAAGUAGUGUCACACUGGCUGUGAUCGUUUGCCUUAGUCUGCUUUUAGUAUCAUAGACGAGACGAAGGCUGGAUGAUGGAGUAUUUGGAUACGUGUUUCGGUGCAACACUGUUCUGAGGACACUGCUCUGGUGCACUUGUGGACUUGAAGCACAUGUAAAUCGUCAUUUGGAAGUGCUGUUGAAAAAUUUAUGAUCAUGUGUAGUUAAUGAAGGUAUUUGUGUUGCAAACAUUUCUGGUGGCACGGCUGAGAGCAUGGAGAAUUUAUUCACCUUCAACAAAUGUAUGCUGUACUUCAUUGCUGGUAACUUUUUUUUCUUUAGACUUUUUUCAUUUGGAAAAAAUCCAUAGAUUUUAGGGUCUAGAUGUUUCGGAAUUGUAUUUAUUUUUGUUUGGAGUAACCAGGCUAAUAUGCCAAUGAGAUAUUAAUGUUAAGAGCUAUUCAGAAAUUUAAUCGCACUGUUUUAUGACUGUUUUUUUUUUUUUUAAGAAAUUCAUGAAAACCUUUUGAAAGCUAUUUUUGAAUAAAGUUACAAUGUUGACUCUCUAAUUA